AUGUCUAAGUCAACGAAGAGAGAUCGAGAACGAGAGGAGGCGGCUAACAUCAGUGCAUUUACCGCAGUGCUAACUGAUAAACUAGCGGAGACAAAAGCGGAGCUACUGGCGGAGAUUAAAGACACGUAUUCCAAAUACGAGAUGAAGCUGAACGCUGUCCAGGCCACUGUUGACGACCAUACCACACGCAUCACCGGUUUGGAACGGUCUGCAGACGUUACUUCCACCGAUGUCACGGAUAUCCAGGCUAAGCUAUCUGAUCUGGUCGCAGACAAUGCUAAGCUCAAGGCUAAGGUAUUGGAUCUUGAAGGCAGGAGUCGCCGUAACAACAUCAGAAUCGUCGGGCUACCAGAGGAUGUUGAGGGCUCCAAGCCAACAGCCUUUUUCUCCCAACUACUUUUUGAGGUGCUUGGUGCGGAUACUCUGCCUUCACCCCCGAGGCUGGAUAGGGCGCAUCGCACGCUAGCUGCUAAGCCAGGGCCCUAG